AAAAAAUCAACACAUAACCUACAAAAAUUAUAAAUUGGUAUAUAACAUUUAAUAUUUGCACAUAAUGAAAUAUGGAUCAAAUACUUCAAGGAAGUGAAUCUAAAACCCCUAAAAACUUAUCAUAUAUUGGAAAAACAUUAAUUUAUGUUACUGGUGGUUUAGCCGCAGGUGUCAGUAUUGUUUGUAUCCCAUUCGUAUCUCCCGCUUUGAGGAAAAUUUGUUUACCAUAUGUUCCUGCUACAACUGAACAAAUAGCCGGAGUUAGUAAAGCUCUAGCAGGCCGCAGUGGCAGACUAUUAGACGUUGGCUCCGGAGAUGGUAGGAUCGUGUUUACAGCUGCUAAACUUGGAUUCAAAGCUGAGGGUGUUGAACUUAAUCCAUGGUUAGUUUAUUACUCUAGAGUAGCAGCUUUAUUUACUCCUCAAUGCCGUGACACUAGGUUUUAUAGGAAAAACUUAUGGAAUUUUGAUUUAAAGCCAUAUGAGAAUAUAGUGAUAUUUGGUGUUGAACAGAUGAUGAGAGACUUUGAGAAGAAACUCCUCAAUGAGACUAACAGUGGUACAGUGGUUGUCGCAUGUAGGUUUCCUCUUCCUAAUAUGAUACCAAUCGAAACAAUAGGUCAUGGGGUAGAUACUGUAUGGAAAUAUGUUGUAAAAAGAUAA